AUGGGCGGCACCGAUCAAGCUCGCGGCACCACGCGUUCACCCAAUGAAACCGACGCCAACGACAACGGCGGUGGUGUUACAAGAAACCUACCAUCAGAUGGUCUCAUCAAUUUAGAUCAUGGCGAUCCGACGAUGUACGAAGCUUUCUGGAGAAAAAUGGGGGACAAGUGUACGGUUGUGAUCAAAGGGUAUGAACAUUUGAGCUACUUUUCAACCAACAAGAACCCUUGUUGGUUUUUGGAGCCAAAACUUGAGGACUCGAUCAGGAGCCUACAUGGUGCAGUCGGAAAUGCAGAAACCGAUGGUUAUACGAUUGUGGUUGGGACCGGUUCGAGCCAACUUUUGCAAGCUGUGCUUUAUGCGCUCGCACCACAAGACCAACCCGACCCGAUCAACGUCGUAUCCGCUGCUCCUUUUUACUCGUCGUACCCGGAGACUACAAAUAUAGUAAGGUCGGGAGUGUACAAAUGGGCUGGUGAUGCACACGGGUUCGAUAAAGAUGAACCAUAUAUCGAAUUUGUGACCUCACCCAACAACCCUAAUGGUGUAAUCCGUGGACCGGUGGUUAACCGCGAUGGCGGGUUUGUGGUCUAUGAUCUUGCUUACUAUUGGCCUCAAUACACUCCGAUCACUUCUUCGUUAGAUUUCGAUAUCAUGCUCUUCACAGCUUCCAAGUGCACUGGCCAUGCCGGUUCACGAAUUGGAUGGGCACUCGUGAAAGAUAAAGAAGUGGCAAAGAAGAUGAUAACUUUCGUGGUGGCGAGCUCGAUUGGGGUAUCGAAAGAAUCACAACUCCGCGUAGCGAAGAUCUUGCAAGUCGUUGCAGAUGGAUGCAAGCGUUUUGGAUCUUCGGAUGGCGAUAAUUUAUUCGAAUACGGGCGAAACGUACUGGCGAAAAGAUGGGAGAUUUUAAGGGAAACUGUAAAGAACACACAGAUGUUUACUCUACCCAAAUACCCUCUUCAGCAUUGCAAUUACAAUGGAGACUUGACCCAAGCACAUCCAGCUUUUGCAUGGAUAAAAUGCAAGGAUGGAAUGGAGGAGUGUGAGAAGGUAUUUAAAGGUGUGAAGAUAUUAGUAAGAAGUGGAAGAAGAUUCGGGUCGGAUCCUGGGUAUGCAAGGGUUAGCAUGAUGGGUAAAGAUGAAGAGUUUAAUGGGUUGAUUGAGAGGCUUUCAUCUGUGAUUCAAAUCUGCAACAAUGAUGAUUAA